AUGGGUAAGCCAUCCCAAAAUAGCUCAAAUGUUAGAGCUCAAUGGCCAUCAAGAGUAACAACUAUCUUUUGCGAAGCUUGUGUGGAUGAGGUAUUUAAGGGUAAUCGAUCCAAUCAAUCUAAUACCCACUUUAGUAAAAAGGGUUGGACAAAUAUUAUAGCAACUUUUGAAAAGAAAACUGGAAAGGGAUAUCCUAGGGCGAAGUAUAAGCAUAAAUGGGAUAGUUUGAAGAAAGAUUGGGUACUUUGGAAUAAGUUGAAGGGAAGUGAAACUGGAUUGGGAUGGGAUGCAGCCAAAGGAACAAUAGCUACAACUAAUGAGUGGUGGGACAGGAAACUAAUGGAGGCCCCCACUUCAGGUGUGUUACCUAAUGAUCUUAAGACACCUAAGGAGGGGUUAGGUGAUACUUCUGCUGACUCAUCUUCUCCAAAUGAUGACGAUGACGUUCAUGAAGAUGAGACUCCUAACCUCACACAACCACCUAACCCAACACAAAAGAAAGGAAAGAAGGGAGUUUUACCAUCAUCCACACAGAGCAAAGGGAAGAAAGGAGGAAUGGCAUUACAGUUGACACACCAGCUUAGUCAUAUCUAUGAUGUUGUGGAGUUAAGGAACUCAGCUUUUUUAGUGGAGCCAAGUAGUACUAUUCAUAAUGUCAUGGAACGCGCGUGCACCUUAGAUGGCAUUGAGAAGGGUUCCAAACUCUACCUCAUGGCAGCAUGUGUUUUUCAGAAACGAGAGAAGAGAGAGAUGUUUGUCGUGAUGGAAGAAUCAUAUUUACAACUUAAGUUUCUGCAAGAGGAGGGAGGUCACUACUUUGGCACUUAG